AUGCUUCGCCACACAGAUUCCAUUGUUUCUUCCAAUUAUGGAUUUGUAAUGGCUUAUGUUCCUUCCACUUUCAAUAACAAGAUAUUUGAAAGUGUGCUUGAGAAGAUGCUGGAGAAGCUCCACCCCACCCCUUUUGAUGACGCGCUUCUGUCCUAG